AUGGCCCCAAAGAAGAAGGAAGAGCCGAAACCUGCAGCACCCCCCAAACCCCCAGAGCCCGAGCGCCCUAAGACCCCGGUGUUUGACCCUGCAACAGUGACGCUGGAAUUCACCCCAGAGCAAAUUGAGGACUUCAAGGAUUCUUUUCAGCUGUUUGACAGGACACCAGCCAGUGAAAUGAAAAUCACUUAUGUGCAGUGUGGUGAUCUGAUCAGGGCUUUGGGCAAGAAUCCUACCAAUAAAGAGCUCAUGUAUGUCCUCGGAAAACCCAAGCCUGAAGAAAUGCAGACCAAGAUGCUUGACUUUGACCAGUUUCUGCCCAUACACCAACACAUUUGCAGGGCCAAGGAAUGUGGAACAUAUGAGGACUUUGUGGAGGGUCUGAGGGUAUUUGACAAGGAGGGGAACGGCACAGUCAUGGGUGCUGAGCUCAGGCACGUUCUGGCAACACUGGGUGAGAAGAUGAGAGAGGACGAAGUGGAGCAGCUCAUGCAAAACCAGGAGGAUACUAAUGGAUGCAUAAAUUAUGAAGCUUUUGUGAAACACAUUAUGGCAUCUUAAAAAUAAACAGAACAAGUGUAUUUCAACCUCAUUGUCAUUCUGGUGCUACAUCUCUCUGCAUGAAAUCCAUAUGAGUGAGUAAUGAGUUUGUUUGCUCUU